AUGUCUAUCAUGAAAUCGCAAGGAGGGAGGCGCUCGCCCAAGAGGCGGAAGCUGGAGCACGACUCCGAGUUUGCUGAUACUUCCAGUGGCUCAAGUGAUGCGGAAGCAUCUAAUGGCGGUGGCGACCGUACCGAAUCCGGCCGUCAGAUUGAACCGACUACGAAGAACCACGUCACAAGGAUCCCUAAGUCAGGUCGGGUUACUGCGUCGAAGCCAACUGUUUUGCCCACCGGCGGCAUUAACAAAUCUGCCACCCUCUCCCUUCAGUUGUCCGACUUAGCUACGGAGAUGACUCCGGACUACGAGAGGCUACGACCAAGAUGGGCUCGGAUUUCAGAUCAGCUAGUGUCGUCGAUGAAGGGCAUACCUCAGCGUCCGCCUGUUACGGCCACUGAAGCAUCAAAGUCAUGCCGCAAGCAAGGCAUCCAAGUUCCCUGGCCACAGCCCCAGCCAACGAAAGAGACAAAUUACAAGUUCGAGUUUCUUCCUCCCAAGCAUUUUGUGGUUUGGGGUGCAUUGGCACAGGGGUGGAGUCUGAAGAACGAGAACGUAAUAGACGUCACUGUCCUCAUGCCUAAUGCUGUUUUGCAAGAGAAAGACUACCUAAACCACAGAGCUUUGCACAAGGCCGCUUUUUACCUUGCUUGCAUUGCCGAUGCAAUAAAGGGUCAGUCGGGGGCAGAGUUUGAUAUGUCUUUUGCAUACAUGCACGAUGUCGAUCUCCUGCCAAUCCUCAAGCUCAUUCCGAGGGACGCAAGUCUGUCGAAGUUCGCCUUCCGAAUAGCAGUCGGUCUUGCACCGGGUUCAAUACCUGUGACCAAGACUUUGCCCACGAGGAACUGUUUGCGGCAAACAGCACCCGGAGCUUCUACGGCUGAAGACCGGCCGACUCCCUUCUAUAACAGCACUGUAUGCUAUGCAGCAUCCCAUUCGAACAUUGACGAGCGUCUUCGCGGAACUCUGAAAAUGAGUCCAGCUUUCGCCGAAGCCUGCCGGAUAGGUCAGCUCUGGCUCCGCCAACGAAAUUUCUCCAGUUCUGUUCAUUCCGGCGGGUUCGGUUCCCUGGAGUGGGCUUGGAUGUGCGCAAUGCUACUGGAGAAGGGCGGCCACCAGGGCCAUCCGCUGUUCUCUAAGCAGUACAGCAGUCUUCAAUUAUUCAAGGCGAUGCUCCAAGUCCUGGCAGUUCGAGAUCUGCAGAAGGAUUCAAUGCUUCUGUUGGGCGCCGCGAAGUUUGAGCUCCCCGAUUCAGACGUCCCUGUUGUCUAUGAUGGAAGUACAGGUGUCAAUAUCCUGUACAAGAUGAGCCCUUGGUCAUACAAAGCUCUGCGCCACCAUGCUCGGAUAUCUUUAGCUGCAGUCAACUCGAAAAGCCGGGACAGCUUCGACACAACUUUCAUGCUGAAUGUCGCGAUACCGUUGUUGCAAUUCGACGAAAUCUACUCGGUACAAAUAUCUGCAAAUCUGGUCACUACAGCUGCAGACGAGCGCCAACUCCUGCACAGACUACACAGUGCUCUCGUGAGAGGGCUCGGUGACAGGGUCAGCCUGAUCGACUUCAAAAUACCGCCACAGUCGAGCUGGGCCCUUAACGAGGCCUCUUCUCGCGGCAACGGAGACUACGACUUAGAGAUUGGACUGCUUACCAACCCGGAUACUAUCUCCCGUCUUGUUGACCACGGGCCUUCAGCCGACGAGCAAGAGAAAGCAGCUGAAUUCCGCAGAUUUUGGGGUGAAAAGGCCGAACUUCGCCGGUUCAAGGAUGGCAGUAUUUCCGAGGCUCUCGUGUGGUCUCAGGGCGCUCCGGUGACCUUGCAGAUCAUUGCGUACCUUGCCAUGCUGCAUUUCAAACUACCACCCAGCUCUGUCAAAACAAAAAGGCCAAACCUGGAAUCCACCAUCCUGAAAGACGACGAACAAUCAGCUCCAGUUGGUCCCAAGGACGCAUUCCUACUCAUCAACUCGACCUUCCAAACCCUAACGUCAACGCUCCACAAUCUCGAAGGCCUCCCCUUGCCAAUCCGCUCCAUCUCACCCGCCUCCCCGGCUCUACGCUCGACCUCGACGCUGCAUCCACUCCUCCCCUCAACCACAGCCCCCAUCGAUAUCCUCAUCCAGUUCGACUCCUCGACCCGCUGGCCCGACUCCCUCUCUGCGAUUCAACACACCAAAAUCGCCUUUUUGCUAAAACUCUCCGAGCUUCUUGCUGAAAGCAAAACGGAGCUCACCACCCGGGUCGGACUCGAAAACACCGAUUCCGCUACAACAGGCCAGUCGAACAUCUCCUUCCUGGACAUCAUUCACCCGGCCCCCGCUCCUGGUCUCUCUCCAAUCUGUUUCCGUCUGCGCAUCUACCAUGACCGCGAAGCUCAUCUCCUCCAAAAUGCCCUGGCUGAUGUAUCCCUGCACGGCUCUACGCGGGACUCUCUUGCCCUCGCGCUGGCGGCGCACAAGAGAGAUUUCGAAGCGAAGACGGUCCACACACUCGCGAUGAAGAACCUAAUCACGAAAUUUCCACCAUUAUCCGUGACAGUGCGAUUAUUGAAACGAUGGAUCUCCUCACACCUUCUGUCUAUGCAUAUCCCCGAGGAAGUCCUCGAGAUCAUCGCCGCAUAUUGUUUCCUGUACCCAGCGCCGUGGGAGGUUCCCGGUGCCGCAACGACGGCAUUUCUGCGAUGUCUUCACUUCUUGUCGUGCUGGGAUUGGUCCUUCUCGCCACUGAUUGUCGACUUGUCACUCUCUCAGGAUGGCGUGGCGGACGCUCAAAGGGCGGAAAUGGAAACGCGAUUCCAAGCGUGGAGGAAGCUUGAUCCCAAUAUGAAUACCGUGGUGUGGUUCGUAGGGAGCAAUCUUGACGCCACCGGCACGGGUUGGACGGGAAAUGCAUGUCCCCCAAGGGUUGUGGCAGGGCGAGUGACUGCGUUGGCGAAAGCCGCAAUGAACAUGAUCGAGGGGAAGUGGUUGGAGGACGAGGCGUCGUGGAAGGGCCUGUUUGUCGGGGAAUUGGCCGAUUAUGAUUUCGUCAUCCAUCUGAAGAGUUCUGCGGUCACGGGUGGCAAGGCGAGGAAGAAGACUGGCAGGACGGCCAAGGACGGACCGGGCGCUGAUGGAGAGUUCAAGAAUCUGGAGAUCGCCCAGUCCCUCGAUGUCGAUUCGAUCGGACAUAGUGCCGUGGAGCUGUACCUGCACGACUUGAACCACGCCUUUGGGUCGUCGGCGUUGUUCUUCUACGAUAAGAAUGGCGGGAGAGUGAUUGCCGGAUUGUGGAAGCCUAGUGUGCUUGGGCGGAAGGCGUGGCGGGUUAGACUUGGUUGGUCGAGUGUACCUCUGCCUGCGGAAGGGGAUAAUGAGGGGACCAAGGAUAUGUGCGUUUUCAACCGGGAAGCGGUCGUGGCCGAGAUGGUCAAGUUGGGAGAGGGCUUGGUCAAGGAGGUCAAGCUGAAGGAGUGA